AUGGAUCCUCCUCGUGGCUCUAAGUUCCUGGACCCGACGUCUGCCAUGGCCGCUAUUACGAAGCACAAAGCAGAGGCCAUCAAGCUUGCGCGUGAGCAGGGCGUCGCGGUCCAGGAGAUGUGUCGUAGAGCGAAAACUGAUACUCCCCCGUAUGAAUUCGAGGAGUUGAUUGGCAAAGGUGCUUAUGGUCGCGUUUACAAAGGCCACCAACUGCCCUCGCGCAAAGUGGUUGCGAUCAAAGUCAUGGAUAUUGAUUCGUUGGACUACAAGAGUGUUCGGGACUUCCGCGACGAAUCUAUAAAAGACUUCAUUCAUGAGACGAAGGUCAUGAAACAGGUUAAAGAUUCAGGAGCAAAGAAUAUCAACGAAAUAAUUGAAGCUAUCUCUAUUCACUCGCAGCUGUGGUUGGUGUGUGAGUACUGCCCCGGUGGAAGCGUCAGGACAUUGAUGAGAGCUACGGGUGAUCAACUUGAUGAAAAGUUUCUCAUCCCUGUAGCCCGUGAGCUUGCUGCUGGCUUACGUGCUAUCCACGACGCUGGCAUCAUUCACCGAGAUAUCAAAGCGGCCAAUAUCCUGAUUCACGAGGAGGGUCGAUUGCAAAUUUGCGACUUCGGUGUGGCUGGAGUGCUACAAUCACAGUUGGACAAGCGGUCGACCUGGAUUGGAACACCCCACUGGAUGCCACCAGAGAUGUUUUCUACGCGCGGCGAAGCACACAAAUAUGGUAGCGAGAUCGAUGUAUGGGCCUAUGGCUGCACGCUGUUCGAAAUCGCAACGGGAAACCCCCCGAACUCAAAUUUGCGAGAGCGAAUGCAGAUAGGAAGACAACUUAACCGCGUCGCUCCCAAAUUGGAAAAUGCCAAAUACAGUGAAGGGCUUAAAGACAUUGUCUCUUAUGUGUUAGAAUCAAACCCUUCUAAUCGACCAACCAUGGCAGACGUACAAUUGCAUGCAUAUAUUGCGGAUACUGAGGAGGCCUAUCCCACAGCGUCUCUGAGUGAGCUAGUGCGAAUCUAUUAUCAGUGGUCGCAGCGGGGAGGACAGCGGAUCUCCUUAUUCCACCCUGGAGGCGCAGCGGCCGCGGAGAUGCCAGGCACAACUAUGGACUCAGAUAGCGACUGGAAUUUCAGUACCACUGAUGGGUUUGAACGAAGAUUCUCUGUCAUUGACCUUGACCAGAUAGCUGCAUCUUUGGCAGAGAUGGAGGACGAAAUUAGCACUACUAAUAUGCAGCCUCCACGAGAAUCAUUCGACGAUCCGGCUGAGCGGGCAAUGACCAAGGAAGACCAAGCUAACUUCGAUGAGCGUGUCCGACGAGGCGCCGAAGCUAUGGAGGGACUUUUCAAUGAAGAGAAACCAAGCUAUACGAGAGCCACCCCGUUUGGCAAGAUAACUCUGGCGUAUCAGAUCCGACUCUGCAGUCCGAGCCAUUCCCGACUGCCAUCCCAACAAAGGACUUAG